AUGGAGCUAAAGGUGUCAGUGGAAGGCGUCCAGCGUAUUGUUUGUGGAGUCACAGAAAGAACGACCUGUCAAGAGGUCGUCAUUGCUUUAGCUCAAGCCUCAGGCCGCACAGGACGCUACACACUGAGAGAAAAAUUCAAAGAGUACGAACGCAACGUCACACCUGACGAACGGGUGCUGGAGUCGCUGGAGAAGUAUGGUGAACAGGCCAGGGAGGUUCAACUUAUCCUGAAGCACAACGGGCCUUCCCUCUGGGAGGAAGCAAGCAGACUGAGAGGAAGCAGAUACCAAGCUUGUGGUCAGUUAAGACGGGUAGACAGAGGGAGUAGAAUCCAGCAGGACAGCGAUGCGGCCGCCAGGCUGUACCGACAGAGUUUACCGCCAUUAUCCCGUACACGUAUCCACUCAGAACCGCCCCCAGAAGAGCCCAAAAAAACAAAGAGGAAAUCGCUAACUCUAAUGGAGGAGGCUUGGGGCUGGUUGGAAAAUUUGGGCAGGGGAGGAAAACAGCAAUUAGGGCGAGAUAAGGGGAAAGGCAAGGAUGAAGAUAAGGGAAAUGGCUAUGCUAGUAAGAUAUCAAUCAAGCCAGCAAAAGAUUCUUCUGUCCCAGGGGCUUUGCAAGGGAAAGACAAAAAAGAAAAGGUUAAGGUUACUGAGCACCACAACAUAAUCAGUUGUCUAGGCAACCAUGGCAAAGACGGUGAUGAUAAUGAAACAGGUAAGAAGCCUUCAGGUAAGCAAAAUAAGGGACAAAAAAAGGACCAAGAAGUGACCACAUCAAAGAAAAAAUCAGAACCAUCAGCGGUUGAAACCAGAUCCACAGAAACAGCGAAAGAUGAAAGGGAAGAAGUAAGAGAACUGUUGAUGCGUCAGCAGAUCCUUUUGAAAGACCUUCAGAUCAAGAUGGAUUCCACCGAUGAUCAGAUCUGUGAACUCGAGGAGCAGCAUAGACGCGUGCAAAGCCCCGACGCCGCGCAAGACUCGGCGGAAGAGGCCGAGCAACUCGAAUAUUGGAUGAAUGAACUCAAAGCUGAGGAAGGAUAUGAGAGAGACCUGCAGAAACAGUUCUUUGAGAUGAAGGAGAAAGCUGCUGAGUGCAAGGCUAAAUUAGAGGAAUACAAAUUCAAACUGAACAGGCUGGAUUUAGCCAGGAACACGACGGAGGAACCAGGACCUAAUCCACGUAAAGAUCAAAAAGCUAAGACAUUAAGUUCAGAGGCUCUGGCAAGUCCAGUUUAUCACUGCAAAGCAGACGUACAGCCGCAUCUUACAGCACAAGCCCAAGGACCAAAUGGAGACAGCGAGGAGAGGAUAUUCGAUUCAGAAGACCCUUAUGUGUUCAUAUCUCCAGACCAGAUAUCAGACCCCCAACACUGUGGACCAAAAGAACUACGAGAGUGGUGGAGUAGAUGGUCUGAAGCUCAGAGGACAGCAAAGACAAAACCAAAGAUUAUUCAUCGCUCAGAGAUAACAAUCCACCUGGGAAGCACAAGGGUUUAG